ACACAGGAUUGUACAGGCAGGUGGGCCGCAUGAUGGCAGUAUGCCUUGUGCAUGGUGGUGUGGAGCCUCAGUUUUUCUCACAGAGGCUCUACAACCAGGUUUGUGGACUGCCAUCUCCAAAAGCUGAUCCCAGUGAAAUUGUAGACUACACAUUUAAGGAGAAGCUUCUCAAAAUUCUUUCAGCUGAAUCUACAGAGCAAGCAUGGGCUGCAGUUAUGGACGCUUCAGAUGAGCUAUCAAUGCUGGGUUCUGUGCAAUGCACACGGACCUUGGAAGACAGAGAUGUACUGGUACAGUCUGCGACAGAAUUCUAUUUGGAGAGUAGGCUGCGUGAUGCUGUGAAUCAAUUUAAAGAGGGCCUGCAAUGUCUGGGAGUGUUAGGGGAAGUUACAAAGCACUCAGGCAUUUUUGAGGAGGUGUUUAUGUACCAUCCAAGACCUCUUACAGCAACCAGCAUCUCAGAGCUGUUCAAACCAAUACUUUCAGAGCCCGGCAGCAACAGAAGAGCCACUGAGGGUCGUGUUACUUGUUUCUGGAGAGACUGGCUUCUAGAAGUGGAAGAGGGAGGAUCAUACCCAUUAACCCUCAGUGAUGUUCUAAUAUUUGCAUCUGGGGCCUCUACUAUACCUAGACUGGGCUUUCCAGUGGAGCCAGAGCUGCAUUUUUUGCAUCUACAGGAGGGGGAAGCACAGAGGUCCUAUCCAGAGGCAAAUACUUGCAGCAUCAUCCUGAAACUGCCAAUCCACUCUACAUACGAACAUUUCAAGGACAAAAUGGAGAGCGGAAUCCUGCAGUGUCCAACUUUUGGCACAAUAUGACCUUUGAAAUGUAUCUGAAAAAAAGCCCACAUUUUCCACAUUAGAAGAAGUGAGCACAAACAUUUUGACUACUAUAAUCACCAGUUUACAGAAAAAAGUUUUUGUAUAACAAUUUCACAUAAAACUGUUCUGAAUGAGUAAUUGAAUUCCUAUAUAUUAGUGUAUAAUAAGUGUUUAUAUGUUGUCAUGUGCCUGUGUUACUACCUGGGCUACGGUUUUGUUUGUUUGUUUGUUUUUACUAUUUACAAUAGUUGUAUUAUGCGU